ACCCAAUAAACCCAUAAUCUGUAAUACUGGAACUACAACAAGAAUACGGUACAAUGUCAUUAUCCCUCCAUCUAUCCGGUUGGCCAGAGAACAGUGAAAGUCGACAACGGAUGCUUGAAAGCUCGUCGAGCACCAAUUUCGUGCAGCACUUUGUCUCCAGAGAGAUUUCCAACAAGGAACGGCUGUUGAGUCUUUUUCGUCGUUUGAGAAAUGGUCUUGUUCUUGUUCUAACUCCAUUAUUCUUUGGACAAAUGCUCAAUUGGGAGGGACCGGAAUGGAAAUGUGCGUAUUGUGUGUGCAUAAUCGCUGUAUAUUGGAUGUCAGAAGUAAUGCCAUUGGCUGUAACCGCAAUGCUUCCUGUCGUACUGUUCCCAUUGGUUGGAGUACUUGACGCUAACACGACAGCAAAAGAAUACAUGAAUGACACAAAUUUCCUGUUCAUUGGAGGUCUAAUUAUGGCGGCAGCAGUUGAGAAGUGUGAUCUACACGAACGUGUUGCCCUUUCAGUAUUACGAUGCGUAGGAAGUGAGCCGAAAUGGAUCAUGCUUGGCUUCAUGACUGUCACCGCAUUGCUGAGCAGUUUUAUAUCAAAUACUGCGACAACUGCAAUGAUGGUUCCGAUUGGGCAAAGUGUUGUGCAGCAGUUGAUUUCAUCCUUCCAACACCAUCCAACAAAUGGAGAACGUGGCCGUCUGGGAUGCAAGAAAAUGGCGACGGGACUUGUACUUUCCAUUUGUUUCGCUGCAAAUAUUGGAGGAACUGGAACUGCAACGGGAACUCCUAGCAAUUUGGUCAUGUUGGGACAACUCAGCGCACUCUUCCCAAAAGUCGAUGGAUCACUGAACUACGUAACAUGGAUCUUCUUUGCUUACCCAUUGAUGCUUCUGUGCCUUUUCGUUGCUUGGAUGACUCUUGUUUCCUUCUUCUUGAGAGAUGCUCCGGAAAAAGAUGAAGCUGUAACUGAAAUGCUGAAAACUCGAUACAACGAACUUCCAAGAAUGACAUAUGCUGAAAAAUCUGUAUUUGUCUGUUUCUGCAUUCUCCUCUCACUUUGGGUUUUCCGUAAUCCUGGAGUCGUCCCUGGAUUUGGAGUUUUCUUCAAAAAAGGAGCAUAUACGGAUGCCACGUCGGCAAUGAUCGUUGCCUUCCUCCUGUUUGUUCUUCCAUCUGAAAGACCCGACUUGGCAACUUAUAUCAAGAAAGAAGAUUUGAAAAAGAGAGGAUGUCUGAUGGAUUGGAAAACAAUGCAGGAAACAUUCCCAUGGAGUGUUGUACUUCUUUUGGGUGGAGGUUUUGCAUUGGCUGCUGGAGUUAAAGAAUCUGGAUUGUCACUUUUAAUUGGAAAUAGUCUAUCUUCUAUUGAACAUCUUCCACUUUGGAUUCUUCAAUUAUUAACUAUGCUCAUUGCAAUGGUCAUCACAAAUAUCUGCUCAAACACUGUCACUGCUUCAAUUUUUGUUCCGAUUGUUGCAACACUUGCUCAAAGAGCUGGACAUCACCCAUUCACCCUCAUGCUUCCAACCACAUUGGCUUCAUCUUUCGCAUUCAUUUUCCCAGUUGGAACACCACCAAAUGCAAUUGUGUUUGGAAGUGGAAUGGUGAAAGUUUCUGAUAUGGCAUUCGUUGGCGGUAUCAUUUCAUUGGAACUUUUGGUAUUGACAGUUCUCUACAUGAAUAGUAUUGCAUACUUGACUCUUCCAUUACUCGAAUUCCCAACAUGGGCGAUUAUUGCAAACUCGACAAUGCAACAAUAGACACAUUCUUCACCUACUUUUUAAUUGUUACUUCCAUUUUCUUACCAUCUUUUUUCUCUUUUCUCUUGCUCUUAUCUUGUUCCAUACAUUCCUUAGGAUGUCUAUCUUCUUCUGGGUAUUCUGAUUCAACCUUUUUUGGUCAUCCUCUUCCUUUGCCUCUUCCCACACCCAGAACCAUUUCUCAAACAUCUACAUGACUUAGUCAUUCUUGUUACGGGAACUUCAGUCAAAUCACACUUGUUGCAAACGCUCACCCCAUCAUCAAAAAAAACUUGAAAUUUCAAAAAACAACUUAACAGAUCUUCUAUUACAAACCGUUUAUUUUUCUUUUCUUGCUGUGUUAUCUAGAAUGUAGAUUCGUUUUCUUACUCGGUUUUACUUCUUGAAGCUUAUCGUCUUCCCUGGUGAAUUUAUAAACUACUUUGCUCCGCAUUUUUGUGUAUUUUUGAAUUAAAAUAAAUGCAUUCACCGGUGAA